GCGCGGGGGGGCGGGGGCGAGCGCAGCGGGAGGGGAGGCGGGCAAGAUGGCGCCUGGCGAGUGAUUCUCCUCGGAUCCCACCUGCUGGCGCGGAGACACCGGGGCGGGGGUCCUGCCGCCACUACCUCCCUUCCUCCUGUCUCCCGCCCCCGGAGCCUUCCUCCUUCCCUUACCCCCCUCCACCUCGGGGGGCGGGCCUGGUUCCUGGAACACCAUGUCGGACUCUGAGGAGGAGAGCCAGGACCGGCAACUGAAAAUCGUCUUGCUGGGGGACGGCGCCUCCGGGAAGACCUCCUUAGCUACGUGUUUUGCUCAAGAAACUUUUGGGAAACGGUACAAACAAACUAUAGGACUGGACUUCUUUUUGAGAAGGAUAACAUUGCCAGGAAACUUGAAUGUUACCCUUCAAAUUUGGGAUAUAGGAGGGCAGACAAUAGGAGGCAAAAUGUUGGAUAAAUAUAUCUAUGGAGCACAGGGAAUCCUCUUGGUGUAUGAUAUUACAAAUUAUCAAAGCUUUGAGAAUUUAGAAGAUUGGUAUACUGUGGUGAAGAAAGUGAACGAGGAGUCAGAAACUCAGCCACUGGUUGCCUUGGUAGGCAAUAAAAUUGAUUUGGAGCAUAUGCGAACAAUAAAACCUGAAAAACACUUACGGUUUUGCCAGGAAAACGGUUUUAGUAGCCACUUUGUCUCAGCCAAGACAGGCGACUCUGUCUUCCUGUGCUUUCAGAAAGUUGCUGCUGAAAUCCUUGGGAUCAAAUUAAACAAAGCAGAAUUAGAACAGUCACAGCUCCCAGACACAUGAAAAGUGGUUACUUGGUUUGGGUCUAGGAGAAUAUAAGAAAGAGAAGGCACCAUGAUUUGCUUGAUCACACAGAACUUGGAUUCCCAGAGGUCAAGUGAUUCCUUUCCUUUUUAGUUUAUCUGUCUGAAUAAUGUUUGUCUCUGCUUAAUUAGAGAAUCUGUGAUUAUCAUAAGUGAUUUAUUGAUCGUACCUUAUAUACUCAGUAUAGUGGUGGGUCUAAAAAAGAAUUAAAAGACUUUAAAAUGUCCCUGUUUCAGUGAAGAAAAUUAAUAUGUUAUGUGCCAGGGGGACUGCGUUAUCUCAGUUAAUCCUCAUAAUAACUCUGGAUCAGGUGAAAUUUUAUCAUUUUAUGAUCAGGAAGCUGAGACUAUGGAGAGAUUAGGUAACUUGAUCACUAAACCUUAGUUGGGCAAUGGUGGAGCCAGGAUUUACACCCAGGUCGCUCUGACACCAGUGCCCUUGGUGUUUUCACUCUACCAUACUGGGGGAAGGUAUACUGGGCAGUUUGGAGUGAAUGGGAAAAAAUGGCUGAAAGAGGAGCUGGUAUGAACAAUAUACCUGGGUACAAAAGCUUAGGUUGUAUUUUGCAAACAGAAUCAUUUGUUUAAAAUAAAUGACCUUUUGUAUCAGACUAUAAAGAGUUUGAGAACAGAUUUUGGGGAUUUAUGAAUGCCAAGUUGAUUAAUUUUAUUUGACCCAUAAUCAUUUUGAGGUAGGGCAAUAAAUGAAAGCAGUUUUUAGAUAGAAGUAAUCUAAUGGGAUAUUUUUGUAUGUCGUUGGAUGGGAGGGAGAUUGAGGUAAGGAGACUGAGUUACUGCUACCAUGUGAUAAGGACCAGAGUCAAGGUGGAAGGGAAGAGCUGGAUGGAUAUAAGGGAGAUUUUAAAGAAGAACCAAUAGGGCUUGUGGAAUGAUGUGGUAAAAGGUAGUAGAAGUCCAAGAUAACCCUGAGAUUCCUUGCCUGGAGGAAUGAAGAAAGGGGAAACCCAGUGAUUGGUGGUCUUUCUGAGACGGGGAAUGGUGGGCUGGUGCUUUACAGGUGAGAGGGCCGCACCGAAGAAUUCCUUGUACUGCCUGAGCUGUGCAGUGGUGCUCAGAUAUAGGAGACCGCUGGAGAGAUGAAACAACUGGAUACUUUUGAAAGGCAAAAUUUGGGGAAGCUUUAUUAAUAUUAGCUCCUUCUUGUUGUAAGAUCAACAGAGUUGCUAUUUUGACUUUAGAUAUGGGCUUAACAUUCUGGUAUAUUUUAAAUAAAGAGAUAUUAGAUGUGUUAACACUCUACCCUCCCUGCCCAUCUACCUUGUUUAUUAUGCUUUGAGGUUUAAUUCUAUCUUUGAUUUGUCAGUGACAUUUACUCUUAAUGCAUUCAUUUGAAGGUGAAUUUAAGCUACCGCAGCCCUCUAUAUGUUUGUCAAAAUUUUUUGUGUAUAGCAAGAAGCCUCAUUAGCAUUUCUUGAUCCUGAUGAAUUUGGUGUUUUUGCCAAUUAAAUUAUUGAUUUUACAAUUGAUAUUUCUUAGUGGAAACAUUUUUGAAAGUUCAUCUAAAAGACAAGAAGUGCAGAUAGCAUGCACACGCGUGCACACACACACACACACACACACUCUGCAUGUGGUUUUUGCAACAUUUGAAAGAUUACUGGAGGAAUUCAAGGGAAUGUUUGAAAACACUUUGUAUUAUUUUAUAGAGAAGGAGUUAAAUGGCAGACUCACCAGUCACAUUGAUAUUGAUGCUCUACUAUAAUAACUUAGUUUGUGACAUAAAUAUUUUGAGAUUUUAGUCCUAGUUCCAUUCACUGAUUAUUUAAAGAGAUUCUGGUAGUUUAUUUCUAACCUAGAUUGCUCCUAUUUGGGAGUUAUAUAUAAAAUUAGAUAUCAACACAUUUUGCAAGCUUUGCAAGGAAGAGGAAGAGAGAGAAAAGAAAGUGAAUGUACAGUAAACAUACUUUGAGGGACAACACUAGAAUCUGGGGAUACAGAGAUGAAUAAGAGAAGGUCCCUAUCCUCAAGGAGCUCCCAGAAUAAGUGGGGCAGCCAAACAUUUAAACAAUGAACACUAUAGAUCCACUUUCACAAUUCCCAGCUUGGUUAAUAGUUUCAUUUGCAUCAUUUAUGUAGUCUUCCCUUUUCUCCCCGACCAACCGUUGAUCCUCUAAGAUAGUGUAAGAAUUGAUACUAUUGUUAACAAGUGUUUUAGUUUCCCAGGUUGUUCAGAUUUUCUAUUUGCAAAGUACUUAGAACUUUAGGAGAAAAUAUAAAUUUACAACUACUAUUGUUUAGGAAAUCCAGCAAUCAGCUGUUUAAGAGUGCAUUAGAUAAUCGAUAAAGAAAAAGCUUAUUCCGUUGAGCUCUGUCUUGCGUCCUCCAGUUUGAAUUGCAAGGAAGUUUUGCCAUACGUACUUGGUGUUAAGAGCUUAAUACAUUUUUAAGCAUCACCAUUUUUACUUGUCAAUUAAUAAACUAUGAAUUUCAGCCUGGUUUGAACUAGAUAUAUAUUAGCUUUUAAAAUAACAAAAAUUUCUGUCAGAGAUAUUCAUUAAACUUGCUAAAAAUAUAUAUUCCUUAUUGUCACCUCAAAUUAUUUUCAGACUGUAUAUGAAGGUAUCUCACGAAGGGCUUGGCAUGUGAUAGACAUGCUCAAGAUUUUGGCUGUCUUAACUGGCAUAUAAUUGUACAGUGCAAGUACCCAUUUAACCUUUGGUCUUAAGAGCCCUUUCUGCUUUUUAGCUUUACCUGAGUAUUGAUCUUCCUCAGAUUUUUUUUUACCCAGAUAUUAAUUUUUUACAUUCAUUUUCCCCAAUAUGUUUAUUCAAACUGUACUGGGAUUUCUUUCUUAUCCUAAACACCACUUGUUUUCUUGAGGAGCAUAUUUUCUCAUUUUGUACAUACUACUCUAUUCUCAGGUAUUGAACAUUGCUUAAGGGAUUCUCAUAUCACAUCCCAUUUUUCUUUUUCCUAUUCAUCUUUUAAUUUUUUAUUAUAAAAUUUCAAAGCCAGAUGGGACUUUAGAGAUAAUGUAGGUAAACCUUGUUUUUAUAGAUUAGAAAAUUGUGAAGACAGAAGUAAAUAACUUGCACAAUGUUUUCUUACUGGCAGCAUAUAAUGGCCCCUUCAUUAUAUAGAAGAAGAGUAGCUUUUUUAAAACUCCUGUGUGGAAAGUACUAUGCUUUUUAACAUUAUAUCCUAUAGCCAUGCUUUAAAUUGUAUUCUAUAAUCUUGUUGUACUUUGAAUGUACAUCACUCAGAAUAUUCUGCAAUAGUUUACACAUCUAUUUUCUAUGCUAGACUCUUAUGUAUCUCAAAAAACAGAGAUUAUGCAUUAUUUACCUAAAUGUUUGCAAUACCUGGGGUAGUGAUUGGCUUUGAAUGAAUGAUAGUGACAGAUGUUUUAGCCUUCAGGGUGUGUUUACUCCAUAUCCUCGGCAUGACAAACUAUGGCUUUUGAAGUGUUAAAUAUGUUACUAUUAUCUGGAGUAAGGUCUAGUUGCACAGUUGACCCAAUUUAUCUUUAGCAUCUCUGCAAGAGCCCAUCUAUACACUUUACACCUUUUUGCCCCAAAUCAUAGGUUGGUUUUUUGCUUAUGCCCUCCAUAGCUACCACUUCCAUUUCCAGUAUCCAUUUGGCAAAUGCUCUUUGAAAAUAUCAGGCUUAAACUUGUGUUCACCCAUAUGAUUCCUUUCCUCUUAGGGCCACUUUGUUAUUUUCAUUUCAUCAACUAACAGCAGAGAAUAAUUGAGUUUACAUUGUGGCUCUUAAAAUAAAGGUUGGUGUUUUGCAGGUAACAUUUCUCUAAAAACAUCAAUAAAUGGCUUUUAAAUAAGCUGACUACAGUGAAAUCACCUACCAUGAAGUUUAUGACAUGGAAAUUAUGUUUUUCUAAUCAUAGGAAGCGAAAUUUGGAAUCUGCAGAGCUUUGGUUACGGGUUACUUUUAGGAAACAUUUUACAAAGCUUUAUGUCAAAUAGACAAAGCCCCUGAGAGAGAUGCUGUCUUGUUAAUUCUUCAUUAAUGUGAUUAAAAUUAA